CACAAAAUUUGACCAAAAUAACAGCACUAAGUUGGUACUUCUUCGAAAUAUACCUCCAUUUUGUAUGCUCUAAAGAAGCCUCUGCAGAAAGAAGAAGAGCUUUGUAUCCAUGCCUUAUACCCAGUUUCUAGGCAACAAAAUAUUAUGUAAUAUAAUAUUUUGUUGCCUAGAAAUUUAUAUAUAUUCGUAAACAUUGUCGGUAAGACUUCAGAUGUGGGUAAAAGUGGACAUAUAAUUUUUUGCGCAAAGGUCAGAUGGGUCAAUCGAGCAAAGCAUAUAAACACAGAACUUUCGGAUGUCUAGCGUUUCUGUUUGCCCCGACCAGCUAAAAAUUCUUAUGUACGGGGGUUAACCAUCCAACAAAUAAUCGUGAGCGAUUAAAAAAGCGUUAUAAGCCUGACUGGUUGAAAGCAAGACACUUGUGAACGCUAUUAUACUUAAGCUCCGCCCCCUAUAGUGUCCACAAUUUCUCGCCAUGUUUGACAUGUACAUCCUGUGGCUCUUGAGGCACUAUUGCCUACCUAUAAAUACAGAGCAAGAUUCAGGGACACUCAGACACCCUACAACCGAAACCUGUAUUUGAAAGCCAGCCAAAGUUGGACAAGAACUUGGAAGGAAAUUUCAAGAUGAUGUUCAAAGUACUUCUCAUACUCGCCGCUGUAUGCGCAAGCAGUAAUGGCCAAAGUAAGCUGUACUACUUUAUGUGAACUCUAAAUCCGCGUCCAUUUGUAUAUGAAUGUAAAUAUAUGCAGUAUUUAGUAUUAAAAACACAGUAGACCUAUCGAGCGCACGUCACGUAUUUAGUACUAAACGUACAGUAGACCCAUAGAAAUAAUAGAUAUAGAAUGCGUACUUGUCUACUUGAUCACGAAUCAUGCCUCCACUUUUUCUCAUGCGUGCCCUUAUAAAUCCGCCAUGUUUGAAUCAUUGACUAGGAGUGCAAACUACAAAGUAUAAACAAAGCUAAAACUACGUUUUCAUCGUCAAAACGUUUAUCUUGUUGUCUAAUUUGUAGUUUGGGGAUAGAUUUUGAGUUUUUUGAAGGCACAAACUGUCAAAGCAAAUGUGCAGUUACAAAAACGGUGAAAAUCGUGCAGCCUUGUAAACAAAGUAUUUUCGCCGGUUUCUCGAAAUUUACUCUUAAAACAUUUUUUCAUGCUUUGAACGUCACUACUGUCACUGUUUUGCUAAUAUCUUAUAAGAUUACAAAAUGAUAGUUCUUUAUUCGUCAGGUUUCGUUUUUCUUUGAUGUAAACGAAGGUUUUUUAUUUUUUUGAAACAAAAAUAUUUAGUUGUCGAUAGACUGUAAAUUGUCUAAAUAAUCGUCGAAAACUAUGGUUUCAAAAGCGUUGCCGCAAGCUCAAGCAACACAGAAAAAUAUGAAAAGUAAUUGUGUAAGUUUAAAAAGAUUACUGAACUUCAUUUAUAUUAUGUUAUAAAAAAGUUGAAGUAUUUAUUGAACAUACCUAUUGAGCGGUUUGAGUUUGCGGUCUUGCUUGAUCUUUCGGGUUUUGUAUUGGCUUGCACAACAUCGUUGAAAAUUUAUUUUUAAACGAUGAUUUCUGUAUAUAUUCUGUUCAGAACUGUUGCUUUUCGUAAAAAAGCCCACUAGAAUGGGUUUUUAGACACUUUUUUCACUUUUUUUCCAUUUUAAGUCUCGAUGUAAAUUUUUUUGCAAACUUUGCAUUUGAAAAAACAAUUUGCACUCUCUGCAACCGCGCGAAAUUCCCAUUGAAAUUCCCUGCCGCCUGGGAGUCUGGGAACCAAAAUGCCCUUAUAAAUCCGGCAUUUUGUGGAGACAAAUUUUUCACUGAGAAAAGAUAGGAGUACGCAUUCUAUAUCUAUUAUUUCUAUGAGUAGACCUAGCGCGCGCACGUCCGUUUGACUACUAUAUAUAUAAUUAGUUUAGAAAAUUUAUAAUAAAAAUAGAGCUCAUGUUGUUCUUUAGAACUCAUGGCAAACUUAUCAAUAGCCUGCAGUAUGUUUUUCUUUUUCUUUAGCGUGCAUGCAUGAAGCAAUAAUCAUUAAAUUAUUCAUGAUAGUUCUGCGUUAGCGAGGAUCUCAGCCUUGUCUUAACUUACUUCAAUUUCGAGAACCAUAGUCUUUCACACGAGCAUGCAUGCAUUGUUUCAUCAAUAAAAUAGUUUCUUUUGUGAAAGAAAAUUUCCUAAGACACGCCUCCAAGUCGAUAUUUUCGCGACAAUUUGUUUCGCCGACAAAUUGUUGGCCGGACUAUAUAACUUACAAUCGGAUGGGACAAGAGUUUUCAAAUUGUAAAGUUUUUUUAUUUGUUCAGUAUGAAGCAUAACGAAUUUUUUCUUUAUAUACAGAUCAUAUUCCGUGCCCGUGUGGUUGGGAGAAAAUCAUCACCAGAUGUUACCUGUUUGUGAACAAAACGGUCACUUGGGACACAGCUCGCGCAGAUUGUCUAAAACGUGGCGGAGAUCUAGUCAUUCCUACCAGUAACAAAGAAUGCGAUCUUCUCAGUCAGCGUGCUAAAAGCCUUGGAAUGAAUAUUCCGUGGAUUGGUGCCCAGAGGUAA